CAAGAUGGCGACACAAUGACCUUGUUGACCAGUUUUCUACGCAAAAACUGCCUGAAUUUCGAGGUAGUGCAGUUAUCCGAUUGUCCGGUAGUAAUUGAUGGAGCGGAUUUUCUCAGUUUCUUCCAUGCGCGGAUUGACUUCCUUGAAGGGGAUUAUCUUUCCUUUGUUCUCGGUCUGUCGAAGAUACUGAAAAAUAUCCAGAAAUGUAAACUUGAGCCAAUUUUCGUCGUCGAUAACGAUCUGGAACCCAAAAUCUUCAACGAUCCCUCUGCAACUUCCUUCCGCUCAUCAUUCUUAUCAAUGCUGCAGUGUGCAGAUCUCGCUGUUCUAACUCCCGAUGUGCAGGUCACCUGUGCUGCCAUAAGCCUUGCUGCAUACCUUCAGUGUCCACUGGUGGCAUCGAAGUCGCAGUACUUCCUUCCAGUUCCCAAACAUGGUUGUAAGGUGCCACCACCGAGGUUUAUUCCCCUGGAUCUCCUCGAAACUACCCCUGUUUGCUUAAGUCCCAAGGUGACAACUCCAUGUUUGCUUGCAUAUGCAUCCCAUCCAGAUGCUGGAGAUCUGAGGUACAUUCAGCCCUCCCGAUACCCUGUUUUAAACGCUUUUCUUUGUGGUAUAUCCCCUCUGUUUACCCAAGAAGUGACACCUGCAAUAUUUGUAGGUAACUCCUCUGAAAUCCUGACUGAGGAACAGCUUUUAUUGUUAAUCAAAUGGCUCGCUAACGAUCAUGCAACCUCGAAACAACUCGUGGAUGAGUUGUUGUCCAACUGUCCUUGUGAGCGAAAAGCAGAGGUUUCUUCCGAACUGGCCCAUCUAUUCACUUCACAUCUGUUCAAUCCUAACACGAUUGGACGGCAGCUGGCUUGUCAGUCUGGUUUAACUAAAGAUGACACGUGCGAUUCAUAUUUUCUGAACGGGCAUUCGCUCAUAAGCUUCGAUAAAUCAAUGAUUGAUUCGACUUACCUUGGAAGUAUUUUAGACGGUAUAGUAUCACAUCCGUCUACAGUGAAUAUAACAGUUGGUUGGCCUACAAGACUUACGACUGCCUAUAGACAGGCUAAGUUUCUCAAUCCUCUACUGAAAGCACCAUAUAAUCGUGAUUGCAUCCAACUUUUCGACGACGCUUCAAACUUCUCUCACUCUGUGCACUCAGUUACACGCCCUCUUCGAGUAGCUUGUUGUCGCGUCCUGGUGAGCCUUGAGGACAGUAUAAACAUGAGACAUAAACUGCUUGGUCUGCAGCCAAAUCUGAUCGAAAGUGUGCGGUGUGCUGGUAGCUUGAAAGUGUAUCGGAUCCCAAUCCAUCCUUUGGAUUUUGAUUUGGAGAGUGAAUCAACUGACGAGAUUGUUCUAACCUUACUGGAUAUUCCACGCUCUUUGGACUCAUCGGAUCCGGACUGGCUAGUCAGUAUGGCCGUGUCACUGGCUGUAUGGUAUCAUAAGUACCCGGAACAGGAAAGUCGUGGUAAACCUCCGUUAGAUCACUGUCCUUUGGUGUUGGCUGUUGCAGCGUCUGCCGUGGCGACGGUGUGCAAUCUUGACCGACUAGAUGACGAAAUGUGUUUAUAUUACGGCCGGUUGAUCGGUCUGCUCAGAAUGGAGUAUAACGCCGCAGUUCUACGGUUGGGAACUAACUCCAAUGCGCAUUAUUCACUCACCUCGAAGCAGUUUAUGGGUUUGCAGAGAAUUUAUGACUAUCUUCGCCUGUUGGUCUCUUUGGUUGACAGUCUAUUUGAAGAGACGCAGAGGUCAAAAGUUUUUCAUUUCCUCCCACCGUGGAUUAUUUUUCCAUCAAGUUGUCUUGUUUUGUAUUUGACAGCCCUUUUGGAGCUUCAGAUCCCAUUCAUACGACAAGAUCAUGUCUGCUAUUUCUGGCUGCCGAAAAUGAUCCGCAAGCAUCGAUCUGAUUCCACGCAACUGUCGCGUGCCACGGACUUUUUAAUUCGUCUAAUCAAUCUAGCUACUGCAUUGUUAGCCCCCAGCUCCACCUUUCUACAUCCCAUUUGCCUGGAAGACGUUUCGGUCGACAAUCUUACCCUAGCGAUUUCAUCCACAUCCGUUAGCCGCCACUCUGGGCCAGAUUCGGAAAGUUCACGCGCCAAAUCUGUUGCUGAGAGUGAGUGGGGGGGAAAGCAGAGUCAUAGACGGGAACCAAUGACGUUCUCCAUGCGACCAGUCUCAUUGCAAACGGGUCGACACUAGCGUAGCACGAAAACCAUUAGCUGAGUCCCCUAAUAAGUAGUCCUAGUUUUUCAAACGGAGUUUUUUUUAUUCAGUUUUAUCGUUUCCUGCAUUUC